AUGAAGGGCUUUACAAAGCUUGGUGGUGCCAUUGCGCUGUCUUGUCUUGCGAUUGGGAGUGCGGCAAGGGCAGUGGGUGGAUCACCUAAGGAUUGGAUUAAGCCGUACAAGAGGGCGCCGUUGCAGAAUAUUGUCACUUGGGAUGAGCAUUCACUCUUCGUACAUGGCGAACGUAUCUUCUUGUACUCUGGUGAAGUACAUCCCUACCGUCUACCGGUUGCCGACCUAUACAUCGAUCUCUUUCAAAAGAUUAAAGCACUUGGCUACAAUGGUGUAUCCUUCUACACAGACUGGGCAUUGCUCGAGGGCAAGCCUGGCAAGUAUCGUGCAGAGGGUGUCUUUGAUCUGCAGCCAUUUUUCGAUGCUGCUCAAGAGGUUGGCAUCUACCUGCUUGCGAGACCAGGACCCUACAUCAAUGCUGAAUCGUCGGGUGGUGGUUUCCCAGGAUGGAUCCAAAGAAUUAACGGUACACUGAGAACAAGUGCACCGGACUUCCUCAGCGCUACGGACAACUACAUGAAGAAUAUUGGUGACACAAUCGCCAAAGCUCAGAUAACGAAUGGCGGCCCAAUCAUCUUGGUUCAACCAGAGAAUGAGUACACACGAGCAACUCCUGCAAUCAAGCCAUUCCCAGACCCAGUCUACAUGCAAUAUGUAGAAGAUCAAAUUAGGGACGCUGGUAUCGUUGUUCCUCUGAUCAAUAAUGAUGCUAAUACGUUUGGACACAAUGCGCCUGGUCGACCUGCUGAUGUUGACAUUUACGGCCAUGAUGGAUAUCCUCUUGGUUUUGAUUGUGCCAACCCAACCCUGUGGCCAGAUGAUCAGUUUCCAACUAAUUGGAAAGAGGCGCACGAGGCACAGAGUCCCAACACUCCCUACGCUAUUGUUGAGUUCCAGGCUGGUAGUUUCGAUCCCUGGGGCGGGACUGGUUUUGACAAAUGUAGCGCUCUGAUCAACGCUGAGUUCCAGCGCGUCUUCUACAAGCAGCUCUACAGCUUUGGUGUCACAAUUCUGAAUCUGUACAUGAUGUACGGUGGCACAAAUUGGGGAAACCUGGGUCAUCCUGGUGGUUACACUAGCUACGAUUACGCAGCGGCAAUCAGAGAGAACCGCCAAGUGGACCGUGAGAAGUAUUCCGAGCUUAAAUUACAGGCCAACUUCUUCAAAGUCAGCCCCGCAUAUCUGACUGCAAAGAGAGGAGAUGCUUCGAAUAGUACCUGGACCACUUCCACUGCCUUGUCAGUCACUCCCGCCUCGGGCAACAGCACCAAAUUUUACUUUGUGAGGCAUACAAGGUACAAUUCCCUUGAUUCUACGAGCUACCAGCUCAAGAUCUCGACUAGUGCUUUUGGCAAUAUCACUGUCCCGCAGAUCAAUGGCACGUCUUUGUCUCUGAAUGGCCGUGACUCCAAGGUCCAUGUCACCGAUUACGAUAUCGGCGGUUCAACCCUGGUAUACUCUACUGCCGAAAUUUUCACAUGGCACAAGUAUGCGGACAAGACUGUUUUGAUCGUUUAUGGUGGCCCUGGGGAGACCCAUGAACUUGCUCUAGCUAUCACUGGGCUCGAGGUCCUCGAAGGCGAUGUCCAGAACAUUGCUACGCGCGGAUACACCGUAUUGAACUUCAGGGCCGACGGUACUAGGAAAGUUGCAAAACUUGGCGUUGGAAGCAACUAUGUCUACGUAUAUAUGCUUGACCGCAACGAAGCCUACAACUACUGGGCUAUCGACCAAGCGCCGCACGAUUCGUCUAACCCGGUUAUAUUGAAGGCGGGCUACCUCAUGCGCACUGCCCAGGUCACUGGCGGCAUUUUGGCUAUGACUGGCGAUCUCAAUGCUACCACGCCUAUUGAAAUCAUUGGAGGAGCGCCAGCUUCCCCUUCCAAGCUGACUUUCAAUGACAAGGACCUCGACUUCAAGGUCUCUGACGAAGGCGUUGUCAGCGCCAACAUGGAAUUUGCCAUGCCCAAAAUCGCCAUGCCGCAGCUGAACGAGCUUGAAUGGAAAUACCUUGAUUCCCUGCCUGAAAUUAAGCCUGGCUACGAUGAUAGUGCGUGGACCACAGCCGAUCUGAAGAAGACUUACAACUCCCUUCGACCCCUCACCACCCCCGUGUCCCUCUACAGCUCAGACUACGGCUACCACACGGGCUCUCUGCUCUACCGCGGCACAUUUACCGCAACCGGUAACGAGACUACCUUUUACCUGUCAACAAAAGGUGGCAGCGCCUUCGGGUCGUCCGCUUGGAUUGGAGACCAAUUCCUCGGCUCCUGGCGCGGAUACGACGCUGCUUACCAGGGAAACGCCACAUUUACCCUUCCCAAAUUGACAAAGGGGAAGACCUACACCAUAACAAUUGUCGUUGAUAACCAAGGUCUCGACCAAAACUACGUAGUUGGCGGAGAAACCAUGAAGAACCCACGCGGUGUCCUCGACUACAUUCUAACAGGCCACAACGCAUCAGACAUCAAGUGGAAGUUAACCGGCAACCUGGGCGGCGAAGACUACCUCGACCUGUCCCGCGGUCCGCUCAACGAAGGCGGCCUCUUCGUCGAGAGACAAGGACUCCAUCUCCCCGGCGCACUGUCCGCACCAGGCGUAGACUGGAAACCCAGCAAGGGCCCCGUCAUCGACGGUAUCCCCGGCCCAGGUAUCGGAUUCUUCGCUACAGAGCUAAAGCUCGACUUGCCCACCGGCUACGACAUCCCCCUCUCCUUUACCUUUGCCAACGGCACGGGCGCUGGAUCCAGUUUUCCUGCAUACAGAGUCCAGCUCUACGUCAACGGAUGGCAGUAUGGCAAGUUUGUCAGCAACGUCGGACCGCAGACUAAAUUCCCCGUUAACGAAGGGAUUUUGAAUUACAGAGGCAUCAACUACGUGGCGCUGUCGCUGUGGGGGCUCGAUGGUGAGCCCGUAAAAGUGGAGGGCUUGGAGUUGACGACUGAUGCGGUGAUUUGGAGUGGCUUGGGGAAAAUUGCGACUGUGAAGGGGCAGAUGUGGGAAAGGAGGGAUGGGGCGUAUUGA